GAAAGGCCUUGGGAAAACAACUGGGAAGAAGUUAUGUUAUAAAGGUUCUACAUUCCACCGUGUGGUUAAAAACUUUAUGAUUCAGGGUGGGGACUUCAGUGAAGGUAAUGGAAAAGGUGGAGAAUCAAUUUAUGGUGGAUACUUUAAAGGUAAGGCCUGAUAUUUUGUGUUCUUUUGUUUUUGUUUCAGUUCUGAUAUAAAGCAAGUAUGUCGCAUACUUUAAUUCGAAGAGUUUUACUUGUAGUUCACGUUUGCAUGAAACUAAUGCUGCAUGAAAAUACUUUAUUUGCAUGAGUUUGGGGAUAAAUUAUAUUGUAAUAUAUAACUUUUAAUUGACAAGAUUAAUUAAGGCUAACUUUAAGGUUAAACAUGACUUUCAGCAUGGAGGUUAGGCAACUAUAUACAUGAAAACUCCUAUCUUCCUGCCUAAAACUGUCAACAUAUUCUUUUGUUUAUAGAGAAUGUGGUCUUUUGCAAAAUGAAAAGGUAAGAGAACGAAGCUCAGUAACACAAACUCCACUCUGCUCCCUUGUGCCCUCCUAAUAAAUCCAUGGACAGUCUGGUCAGGUUGUGCCUGGAUUUCUGUAUUGUUUGAAGACUUGGAAAAGAAUCUAUGUGAUUUCAUACAUGCAUCUGUGCCUUUGUUUCUUUACAAUGGGUUCUUAGUUCUGAUCAGGGAAAAAAAGAAGCUAGUUGUGGUUUUUGUUCCCUUAAGCCAAGCAAUUUCUUUGAAUAAAAAUUGGUAUUUUUUUCCUUUCUCAAAGGUUUGUAUAUUUUCUUUUGUGUACUAGAACUAUACGGUUGUAUUUUAUUCCUACAGUAGUAACAUUUCAUUAAGUCUAACUAUUACACUUCCCCAAAAAGCCUUAGAAAAGUCAGUUGCAGGAAUUUACAGAGGGCUCCAGCAUUGCUGGGCUCGAAUGCCAUCAUAGCUUCAGAGUGUGUUGGUCUUUUGUAUCUCCUUUGGAGAAACUGGAUCACUACAAGUUUUCAGAAGCCUGUCCCCAAGGUCAUCUUUUUUUUUUUUAGUUCUAAUGUUUCCUUUUGUUCUAAAGAUUUGUUUGUAUGAAUAUAGAAGGAAAUUUGGUUUUAAAGCUAUUUCUCCCUUCCAAAUAUUUACCAGGCCUGAUCCUGCUUAGCUUCUGAUGUUAGAGGAAAUCAAGCACAUUUAGGAUGAUAUGGUUGUCUAGUUUUAAAGGUACUUCUAUUGAAUUAAAGCCAUCUCUAUGUGAUGGUGAUGACGAUUUUCCCCCUUUCUAGCUGGUUGUAAUGGCUUGUAGCAACUUACACUUAAUGUUGUGGGUCGCUUUAAUAUGGCUAUUCUCUGUGGCAGAUGCUUUUGUAUCUUAAAAUAUUUUUAAAUGUUAUUAUACAAUAUUCUUCUUGGGUAAUUUUGUGAUCCUACUGAUACUUAAUUUAAUUUGAUGUUUUCCUAAAACAUUUAUAUAUAUGUAAUUUUUUUUUCUCAUAGACCAGCUUGACUUCAGUGGAAUAAUAAAUUUCCCAUACAAACGUUAAACAUUCAAGAUCAGACUUAUUCAAACCCCUAUGUAUCAUGUAUCAGGCUAAUUGGAAACUUGAAGAAAAUACAUUUUACUGUAGAGAUUUUUCUAAAAAUUAUUUGGCUAGAUUUCCCUGAGUCAGUAGCUUAUGUGUCAUUUAGCAAAGCGUGCUGCUGCUGGAAGUGACUGUUCUAAGGCUGUUUGUACAAAGUGUUAAAUACCUGCUCUUUUCCUCAAGGCUUUAAUUAGUAUCUUUUUGGCCUUUUUUGUGCUUUUUGUUAUUCAAUUAGUUAAUUUUUUUUCUACAUAUUGCCAAAUAUCUUACUGACCAGAAGAGGAGUUUCAUCCUUUGCUUUCAAUUUAGUACUUGAGCAUUACUUUAAAAGCUUCUUAUAAUUGGAGACUAACAAAUUUGUGUUUUCUUCAAACAGAUGAAAACUUUAUUCUCAAACAUGACAGAGCGUUCCUUUUGUCAAUGGCAAAUCGAGGGAAACAUACCAAUGGUUCCCAGUUUUUCAUGUGAGUAGGCAUAAUGAAGAGACGAGCUUUUCCUACAGAGAAGCGCUGUUCAUGAGAAAGAUGGGAUAGCCAACCUCAUUACUGCUCAGACUCUGACAGCUUUGGUUUUACUUUGUGUUUCUGAUAUCACAUAGUAACUGUAGUCUCUGCUGCUGCUUCAGUACUCAGCACAUACCUGGAUUUGAAGCAUGGAACUUAAAAAUGUAACCUGAGGGUAUGCAGUGUUUUCAAAAUAUGCUGUCAUGAGGAAAGAUAUAAUUUAACUUUAGCCUCUUCCUCACUUGAAGGCUCAGUUUACCUAGUUUGGAAUAUGAACUCAUGAUGAACAUGUGGAAAGUGUCCAUGAUGUAGCUGGGUUGGGCAGUGCAUGCCUUUAAAUCCAGUACUUGGGAGGUAGAGGCAGGCAGGUCAGCUUGGUCUACGUAGUGAGUUCAGGACAGCCAGUGAGCCACAUAAUGAGUGAGACCCUGUUUUAAAAAAGAAAGAAAAAAAGCUGGCCACGAUGUACAUCCAGAUGGAUCUUUCCAUCCUAGGAACAGGAAGGAGCUAGUUUGGAGACAUAGUCAUGUAAAUGAUCUUGUUUUCUCUCUAUUAGCCAGUUUUGUGAGAGGUAACAUUUUCUGAUGAGGUAUAGUAAAGUGAUUUGCUAUUUAGUCAGCAUUUCAGCAAAUUUGUAAGGUCUCUGUGCAUAAUGAAUUAAUACAAUAUUGGCUGUCAUUUUUGCCAAAAUUUGUAAAUUUUGCUUAGUACACUUUAAAGUUUCAAAGAGCCGAAUACCUUUUGGGCUGGCUGUUUGGUUCAGUGGGUGGAGCACUUGACACACAAGCCUGGCAACCUGAGUUUGAUCCUCACAGCCCACACAAAGGUAGGAGGAGAGAGCCAGCUCUCCAGUUAGCUUCUAACCUUUACAUGUGUGCCCCCCCACUACAACAUGCAUCAUACAAAAUAAUGUAUUUUUUUAAACAAUAUAUCUUGUUUGUAUAUAUAUGCACAACCUAAAUAAAUUCUCAUGUGGAGAGUUCUAAAGAAAACUCUUGGCAUACUUUUAAUUACAAUCUUCUCUAAACCUAUUUUUGUUUGUCUGGCCAUGUACAGUAUGAAGGAUAGUUGUCCAACAUGCAGCUUAGUACUUUAAUAAAAAUCUCUGCUGCUCUAUGUGUGUUGGAGAAAUACCUUAUUUGUGAUUUAUCACACGUUUUACAUCUUUCUGAAUGGAUAAAUAUGAAUGGCGCUUCCCUGUCUUUUAAAGAAGUCAGUUAUUCAUAUAAAAACUCACAUUUUAAGUUUGUCUGAAAGAUUUUCAACAUGAUCUGAAGAAGUUCAGAUAAGGGGCAUUCUGUUCCCAAGGAUGUCCUAAAAAUGGAAAGUUAGGAGAAGAUGAUGGUGCUGGAGUUACACGGAAAGCAGACUUGACAGUAGUUCCUGUGCCCUGUUUUGAUCCUACAGAUGAUCAGUGACACGUUUUCACUGGAGUAUUUUUCCUAUGCUUAUUCUUUGUUGGGGGCAGGGGUAGUGCAAAAUAAAGAGUUAAAGUUUUAAAAACUUUCUGUGGUAACUCCAUGUCUAAGCCUCUUUGUUUCCAUUUUUAAGCUUAUCUGAACUGUGAACAUGAAAAACUAACGAUUCAUUGGUCAGGAUGGGGCCAUCUGAGGGCUCUAAAGUUUCUUUUUAUAUUAUUACAUCUAAAAUUGUCCUUAUUCAGGUAGUUGCAGUCUUUUACCACUAUUACAUAUAGUUAGCUUAUUCAUGUAGCCUUCUGUUAGAAUCUAGGACAUGAAGUCUUUAUCCUCUGGUAUUUAAUUGCUACUUAAAUCUCUAGGAACAUUUAGUAAGGCUGUUAGUGCUUUCUGUGUGGCCUAGUUUUGUAUUAGACUACUGUUUGGAGAGGAACACAAAUGAAAAUUUUUGAAUCAAUAGAUUAGGAAUAAAAACUUGUAAGCAGUGUCUAUAAUUAGCUAUAGACAGCUGUAAAAUCACUAAAUGCAUGAUAAAAGAAAAAUUUCAAUCUUCAGUUUGGUGAAAAUUUAUUUGAAAGGAGUUUACAGUCUUACAUGUAACAUUUUGCACCCACAAAAGUUUGUUCUAAUUUUUAAAAAAGUAACUUGUAUGCCUAUGUGUUGUUUUAUGGUGGCUGAAAAUUCAAGUUCCCAUGAGUUGCAAGGUAAAAUCAAACUAGUGUUCACAUUUCUAAAUGAAAUGUAUCAUGACUACUAUGGAAAGGAUAGAUAGAACAGAAAUGGUAGCCAAUAAAGAAGAGAUCUUUGAAAUUCUGUAUCUUGCAAGCCCAUGUCUUUUUGGCACUGGAAGAGAUAAAAGAAUAAUAUAGUGUCCGACUUGUGUCUAUAAUCAUAGCUGAGACCUACCCAGUGACUUCCCAGUAAGCUCUGGGUUUGUCCUGCAUGUGGCACCUUGGGUAGGAGUUCUGAGCAGAAAGAAAGGACAUUGUAAAAGCAUCUUUGUAUGUCUUAUGGACUAGUUCAUUGGCCUUACGAGGACCUGUAAAACAUCCACACAAAACGGUACUCAGUUUGUGCCCCACAAAUCUACUACAGUUCCUGACCAGUAAAUUUGAUGCUGUUAGUGUACUGUGUGGCAGUCCCUCAGGAAAUGUUGUGACGUGUGUUCUAACUGUUGUCUUGAUUCUCACACAGUUAGCAAUUUCCCUUCCUAAGAUGCACACUGUUUGUGUUCAUAAUUUUGCAUAUAUUGUUUUCUUUGGCUGUAACUGUAUCUUCGUGUGUGAAGAGAGAGAAUAUAUAUAGGUUUUCUUUACAGCUAAUUGUAAUUUUUACCACUAACUGCUUGUGUUGACUACUAUAUAAACUGUGGUGCUUCUGUUUUGGGAGCUUACAUAGAAGAAAAGACUGUCUUUGGAAUAGUACUGCUUGAGAAUUGGAAAGGAAGGGAUAUGUGGCCCCAUCCUUACAAACUACGAAGGAAAUAAGGGCUUGCUCACAUUUUAAAGGAGCUCAGACUCUUGGCACCACACUUACGAAGCAACACACGGACCAAGCCAACCUACAUUAGUGUUCACUCAGUAUGUCUCUCUCUAGGUCAGGUAUGAAAAAAAAACACAAUAAAAGCUACAGGGCCGGAAGUGUAGUUCAGUGGUGGAGAGCUUGCCUGGUGUGCUCAAGACUAUAGGCUCAGUCACGAGCACUGCAGAAAACAAGUAAAGUAAUGAAUAAAUCAGGUAAAAGCUAUAGAGUUAGAGAGUUGAACGGGGCUUAGAGAUCAUGUGGAAUAAGUUUUAUCUUCUGUAGAGAAUGAAUGCUAAGUGAGGAAGAAAUAACUCUCCCUAUUCAGGUUGCUUUAGGAUCUUUUCUCACAUUCUGGAGAAGAAAGCUGCUGGCUGCAUGCUGCAGGGUUAUAAGCACUGGAUUCUGAAUCACUGUAGUAAGGCGGGGGCAUUCUGCUGAGAAGAAAAUGGCACUUGGAGAACUUUUUUUUUAAUUUAAAACAAUCAUUGGAAUGAUAAUUCUGGUACUAAUUUUUAUUGUCUAUAGUCAUUGAGAAGAUAGGAACACAUUAUAUAAAACAGUGUUAGAAAGGUUAGUUUGUAACUUUAUUAUUUCUUUCCUGAGUUGGAAUAUGUACCUAGUUACCUGGUUUUAGCCAGGUGUGGUGGUUCAUGCCUGUGAUCCCGGCAAUUGGGUGGCUAUGGAAGGAGAACGAAUGGUUGCGAAUUUGAGUACAGUCAUUGUACGACACACAAAAGCAGAAAGACCCUGUCCAAAAACAAACAAAACCGCAUAUACACACAAAAGAAAUCUUGGUUUUAGCUGUUUUUCUGUACCUUGUGUUACUUUGUUAAAAAAAAAAUCCGUGUGUGUGUGUGUGUGUGUGUGUGUGUGUGUGUUCUCAACACACAUGUGAACAGAAGUUAGAAUUUGAUAUUGGUUGUCUUCCUUUGACAAUCCCGUUUCCUUGAUGUUUGUGGACAGUCUGUCACUGAGCCUGGAACUCUCUAUAGAGUCCCCUAGGCUAGUUGGCUAGGAGGCCACGUGACCUUCCUUUCCAUGCCCUCCCUGGAACUUAGCAUUACAGGCUCAGGCUCCUAUACUUGGCAGUUAAGUGGGUGCUGGCUAUCAAAUGAGGGUCCCGCAUGCUUAACUCUACGUACCCUCAAAUAGCCCCACUUUUAAGGUAAACUAUAAAUGUUUUGGUAGAAAGUGUCAUAGGAGAAAGAGCAUGCCUUAUAGAAAGAUCCUACAUUUCUGAGUAAAUCAAAGACUUUGUAUACACACAUUCUUGUUUGUAAUUACUCUCUAGCUACCUAAUACUCACACCUGAAAAGCACCUCAAAAGGUCGAGCAGCAGCAGUCUUCCCCUUGGCUGCUACUAAAAUAUUAAAUAAUUUUUUGUUCUGCUUAGGAGUGUUUUGCCUGCAUGUGUGUGUGUGUGUGCCAUGGGCAUGCAAUGCCAUUAAAGGCCAGAAGAGGGCAGUGGGUGAAUGCCCUGGAACUAGAAUUGUUGUGAGCUGCCACUUGGGUACUGGGCAUUAAUCCUGAGUCUUCUGGGAGAGCAGCCAGCUCUUAUGGUGAGCCAUCUCUCCAGCCUCAGUGGAGGCCUCUUAUGGCUUUAAAGCUUUGGUGAAUAGACUGUCAUUGGCCACAGGUCUAGUCAUGAAUAUUUUUAUGAAAACAAAGAUAAUAUAGAAAAGCCCAACUUAAUAUCUAAACAAGAUUUCUGGUUAUUUUUUUCUGUUUUGUUUUUGUUUUUUAAUUUUCUUUUUCUCAGUGCUGGUAAUCAGACUCAGUGACCUUGUAAAUGUUAAGCAACAGUUCUCUCAGAUAUUCACCCACCUACCUGCCUCUUCCUCUCAACUGCUGACAUUGAAGACAUGUGCCACCAUACCUAGCUUAUUGAUUAUAUGUAUGAGGUUGUUAUUUUUCUUUCACUUUUUAUUUUAUGUGUAUGGGUGCUUUACCUGCAUGUAUGUCUGUGUACCACCGGGAUAAAAUGUCUCUGGAGGCCAGGUCCCUGAGACUGGAUUCCAUGGCUGGUUGUGAGCUGCCUGCGGGUGCUAGGAAAUAAAACGAGCUCUGAUCCUGGAAGAGCAGUAAGUCCUCUUACCCACUGAGCCGAGUCUCUGGUCCCUGUUUAAUACAGCAUAAAUGGGAAGGGCGCUAGGAUUGCUUUAUGUCAUUUAAAGUCCCACUUAAAAGCAACUCUUCAUCUAAUGAGAGAGGAACAUUCAUUCUAAGGUGAUUGGCUAGGUGUUUAAUAAAUCCGUUUUGGCACUUUGGCAAGCAGAAGUAGGUUUGGGAGAAAUGUCUCACCCACAUAUUCAUAAAUUUGUGUGAGAGACAAUGAUAUUAAAUGUGACCUUAGUCACUGUGUUUGUUUGUUGUUGCUUUGGGUUUUGUUUUGUUUUGUUUCUGUGGAAGGUAAUAACUCCAUGCCAAUUUCACAGUUUUUUGAGAGGAAAGGAGUUAUGAUAUUUGAACCUUAAUGCCACUUUCCCUGAAUUUCAGGUGUCAUCUAAUACCCUUGUUUAGAAUUAGUCAUUUAGUGGUUAUGUGAUAAUGUUAUCAGUAAGGAAAGACAUGUUGUAUCUAGUUACAAUUCGUGUGUAUAUAUAUUUUUAUGUUAGUGUUGAAAUUUAGAAAACUUUUCUUUGAGUGACCUUGGGAACACAGAGCAUUGUGAUGCUGGCUCACUCACUGCCUGAACACAAGCUGUGUUACCCUAGGGUUCCCUGCUUUGUGACAGCUUCAUUUCACUGUGAAGGAAAGAGUUGUGUGAUAAAGACGACAUUAACAUAGUUGCUUUUAGUGCCUUCUUACUUUAGGCCUGAAGUACCUUCCUGUCUUACACUCUGGAAACUGCAUGGUUUCAAACUUGUUUUUUCUGAUACUUAUGCCUAUAUGAGAGAUUUUAAGUCACUUUCACAACAUUUUAAUAUUUAAUAUAUCUAAGAUCCUAUCAAACUUUUGUUCAGGAAUAAGUGGUUUUUGGUUUGUAUAGUAAUUGAUUUAAAAAAAAAUUUAUUAGUUAAAAUUCAUCAGUAUUGGGGUUGGGGAUUUAGCUCAGCGGUAGAGCACUUGCCUAGCAAGCGCAAGGCCCUGGGUUCGGUCCCCAGCUCUGAAAAAAAGAAAAAAGAAAAAAAAAUUCAUCAGUAUUGUUCAAAAUAAAAUUUGCAUAAGGGGAAAAUCAGAUUAAAUAUAAAAGUCCUCUGCCCAGGAUUUGACUUCAUUCUCUAAGGCUGUCACCUCUAUUGCUUUUUAAGCCUCAGAGAAGAUCCUUAAAGUUCUAAUUUUGCCUUUAUUACUGUUUCUAUUAAUUCUGUCCUAUGACAUAACAGCUUAAGGACAUACAUAAAGUAGUGAGCAUAGUCCAGAUUCUGACCAAAACAUUCUCCAGGGUUCUGUUCUGUUCUACACAAUCAAGAAAACUUUGAAAGGCAGAAGCAUGAAAAUGAAUUAAACUGGUUAAGUUUCCCAAGUUUUGUUUUGAAUUAUCUAAACUUAGUUUUGGGGGGGGGGAGGGUGAAUUCUUUGCCUUCUACCAGAAGUCCCAAUUUCUGAGUAUUUAAAAUUGUAUAUCUGUCCAUACUCGUGAUGUAUUACCUUACUGAGAAAGAUGGCAUAGCUAGUCUCUGAGAUUAUAAAAGGAACUUUCAUGUUUUAUGAGCUGUUACCAACCCUUGUGUUAAAAUAUCAUGAGUUUAAGAAGAUCUCUACAAGGCCUUUUCAAAACAAAAUUCAUCUCUUCAUAAGUAUCUUACGAAAGAAAAUUUAGAGCCCUCUAUUUUAAAAAGCUUUCUUGCUUUGCAUAAAACUCUAAAAGUUUAAUUUCAAAGUUAUAUUGAUAUUAAAACAUAAAUUCAGUCUUGUCUUAAAAGUGUAUUACAAUUUAUUUCUUGCCAUUUUUGUGUAAAAUUUGCAGAAACAGUGUUACACCGUGCGCUCCAAAGAACUACAAAGCCUGCUCCACACUUGGAUGGGGUUCAUGUUGUCUUUGGACUGGUUAUAUCUGGUUUUGAAGUAAUUGAACAGAUUGAAAAUCUGAAAACGGAUGCUGCAAGCAGACCUUAUGCAGAUGUCCGAGUUAUUGACUGUGGAGUGCUUGCCACAAAGUUGACAAAAGAUGUUUUUGAGAAAAAAAGGAAGAAACCAACACAUUCAGAAGACUCGGACUCUUCUUCCAACUCCUCUUCCUCUUCAGAGUCAUCCUCAGAAAGCGAAGUUGAACGAGAGAGAAUCAGAAGGAGGAGACAUAAGAGGAGGCCAAAAGUCAGACAUACUAAAAAGAGACGGAAAGAGAUGAGCGGUUCAGAGGAACUGAGAAGGAAGCGCACAGUGAGCCCUGAGGGUUACUCUGAGAGGAGUGAUGUGAAUGAAAAAAGAUCAGGUGAUUCAAACACUAAAAGAGAAAAGCCCGUUGUUCGACCAGAAGAGAUUCCUCCAGUUCCCGAGAACCGAUUUUUACUUAGAAGAGAUGUGCCUGCCGUCGCUGUGGAGCCUGAACAGAAUGUUCCAGAUGUUGCACCUGUUGUAAGUGAUCAGAAACCAUCUGUAUCAAAGUCUGGACGGAAAAUCAAGGGAAGAGGAACAAUUCGCUAUCACACACCUCCAAGGUCAAGAUCCCACUCCGAGUCCGAAGAUGAUGACAGCAGUGAAACCCCACCUCACUGGAAGGAGGAGAUGCAGAGACUGAGAGCCUACAGGCCACCGAGCGGAGAGAAGUGGAGCAAAGGAGACAAGCUAAGUGACCCCUGUUCAAGCAGAUGGGAUGAAAGGAGCUUGUCCCAGAGAUCCCGAUCAUGGUCCUAUAAUGGGUACUAUUCAGACCUUAGUACAGCAAGGCACUCUGAUGGUCACCACAGAAAACGCCGGAAGGAAAAGAAGCUUAAGCAUAAAAAAAAAGCUAAAAAGCAGAAACAUUGCCGAAGACACAGACAGACAAAGAAGAGGAGGAUAGUUAUGCCACCUGAUUUGGAACCCUCAAGAUCUCCCACCCACCGAGUGAAGUCCUCCAGUGUUGGAGAAAGGAGACCUCACGCCUCCUCAUCCUCUCAGUGCUCGUCAAAGCGGGAUUGGUCCAAAUCAGACCGAGAUGACCGGAGCGCUUCCACCCGCUCCAGCAGAGACUCCUACAGAUCCAAGUGUCAUUCAGGAUCAGAUUCUAGAGGGAGCUCUAGAUCAAGGGCUGCGUCAGAAUCCUCAUCGCGCUCUCAUAAUAGAUCAAAGUCUAGAUCUAGUUCCAGGUCUGGGCCCCGAAGAACAACAUCAGUAUCCCCCAAAAAACCUGCUCAGCUGAGUGAAAAUAAGCCAGUUAAGACAGAACCUUUAAGGUCAUCAAUGCCACAGAAUGGAAGUGUGCUUGUGCAGCCAGUGGCAGCAGAAAACAUUCCUGUAAUACCAUUGAGUGACAGCCCUCCCCCUUCUAGGUGGAAGCCUGGACAGAAGCCCUGGAAGCCCUCUUACGAGCGAAUUCAGGAGAUGAAAGCUAAAACAACCCACUUGCUGCCUAUACAAAUCACAUACAAUUUAACAAAUGUUAAAGGAACUGUGAGUUCCUCGUCUUAUCACAAAAGAGAAAAAGCUUCAGAAAGUGAUGGGAGUGCUUAUUCAAAGUACAGUGAUAGAAGUUCUGGAAGCUCAGGAAGGUCAAGGAGCAAGUCUUCUAGGAGCAGGUCAUCCUCCAGAUCAUACACGAGGUCAAGGUCACGAAGUGUACCUACGUCCCGCUCGCUCUCUAGGUCUCCAUCCUCUAGGUUUCACUCGCCAGAUAAGUACAGUGAUGGCUCCCGGCACAGCAGGUCAUCUUCAUACACUUCUGUUAGCAGUGACAAUGGAAGACGAGCCACAUUUAGAUCCAGCAGGAAAAAAAGUAUCACUUCAAAUAAAAGACACCGCAGCAGCUCUGAAAAGACACCUCACAGUACAUACGCCAAAGGCAGAGAGAAGUCUUCACGUCACAGGAAGUAUAGUGAAAGCAGAUCAUCUUUAGAUUACUCUUCAGACAGUGAACAGUCACAUGUUCAAGGAGUACACUCAGCCCCAGAGAAGGAAAAGCAGGGAAAAGUGGAAAUGUUGAAUGGUAAACAGGGGAAAGGCAGAGAAGAAGGAAAAUCCAAGCCUGAAUGGGAAUGUUCUCAUUCUAAAAAGAGAACUCUGAAAGGUGAUCUUCCUGAUCACUCUAGAGGUGACAGUGUGUCCAAAGGAAAGAACUGUGCUGGGAGUAAAUGGGACUCUGAAUCAAACUCAGAACAAGAUGUGACAAAGAGCAGGAAAAGUGAUCCCCGGAGAUGUUCUGAUAAGGAGGAGGGGGAAGCUUCAUCAGACUCCGAGUCAGAAGUUGGCCAGAGUCACAUCAAAGCCAAACCCCCAGCCAAACCUCCAACAAACACUUCCCUGCCUGGCAGCGAUGGUGCCUGGAAGUCUAGGAGGUCACGGUCUUCAGCCUCUGAAUCAGAGAGCUCCUGCUCCAACUUGGGGAACACUAGAGUGGAGCCCCAGAAGCAAAAACAUUUGAAGGAUAGUCUUAAAGGGGAGAGAGAGAAAUCAAAAGCCAAAAAAGACAAAAGGCACAAGGCUCCAAAACGGAAGCAAGCUUUCCACUGGCAACCUCCACUCGAGUUUGGGGAGGAGGAGGAGGAAGAAGAGGAGGUGAAUGGAAAGCAACUUAUGCAGGACCCGAAAGAGAAAAAGCAUGUCUCUGAGAAGUAUGAGGCUGUGAAAGACAAUACUCCAAAAGGAGAGAAAACCUGUAAUGAAGGUAGCUGCCCAAAUAAACCCAAAAUGGGUACUUUAGAGCAGGACUCACUUGCAGAGGGUGAGCAUGAUCUCAACUCUUGCCCUGCACCUCUGAAAGUGGAGGAAAACUCGACCAGCUCUCCCCCUAGCACCCAGCACCUUGAAGAGCCUGUCCCAGGUGGAGGGGAGGAUGUGCUUCAGACAGAUGACAACAUGGAGAUUUGCACCCCCGAUAGGACUUCCCCUGCAAAGGGAGAGGGGGUGUCCCCUUUAGCAAACCACAGGCUAGACAGCCCAGAGAUCAGCCUUAUUCCAGAGCAGGAUGAGCACAUAGCACAUCCCAGAUCAGGAGGGAAACAAGAGAGCAGUGUGUCUGAAAGCAAGACCUUGGGUGAAAGUGGGGCUAAACAGGACAGCUCUACCAGCUUGACCAGUCCUGUAGAGAUUGCUGGAAAGAAGGAGGGGGCUGAGAAGAGCCAGGUGAACCUCACAGAUAAGUGGAAGCCACUGCAAGGUAUAGGGAAUGUGGCAGUGUCUGCUGCAACCACAUCCAGCACUGUAGAUGUAAAGGCUUUGUCUACCGUGCCUGAAGUGAAACCACAAGGCUUGAGAAUAGAAAUCAAAAGCAAAAAUAAAGUUCGGCCUGGGUCUCUCUUUGAUGAAGUAAGAAAGACAGCACGCCUGAAUCGGAGGCCACGGAAUCAAGAGAGUUCCAGUGAUGAGCAGACACCUAGUCGGGAUGGCGAUAGUCAGUCCAGGAGUCCACACAGAUCUCGAAGUAAAUCUGAAACCAAAUCUCGACACAGAACAAGGUCUGUCUCAUACAGUCACUCACGAAGUCGAUCUAGAAGUUCCACCUCAUCUUACCGAUCAAGAAGCUACUCUAGAAGCCGAAGCAGGGGCUGGUAUAGCAGAGGCCGAACCCGCAGCCGGAGCAGUUCCUAUGGAAGUUUCCAUAGCCACAGGACAUCCAGCAGGAGCCGGUCCAGGAGCAGCUCCUAUGACCCCCACAGCCGCUCCAGCAGAUCCUACACCUACGACAGCUACUACAGCCGGAGUCGUAGCCGCAGCCGCAGCCAGAGGAGUGACAGUUACCAUCGGGGUAGAAGUUACAACAGGCGGUCCAGGAGUAUUAGGUCCUAUGGCUCGGACAGUGAAAGUGACAGAAGUUACUCUCGUCACCGGAGCCCCAGUGAGAGCAGCAGAUACAGCUGAGGUGUCUCUGUACAGGUUGUGUCUUAACUGUAAAUACCUGGUAACUUAAAGUGUACGAAACUGGACGGCAAUCUGUUGUGUGUUAGUCUUAGACCUCAAUCCAGUAGUGGGUAUUUCUUGUCACUUGCUUACAUGUGUGCAGAAGAAUUUAAAGUGCAGAUGUCCCUAGAAAUAUUUUUAUGCCCCAUUUUACAGUAGGCAACUAUGGAAUUUUCAUUUUCUUGAAUCAAGAAAUAAUAAAUUUGAUGUUAAGUAUAAUUUGCAGUGUUACUGUAGGUAGGUUUUCUAUGUAUCACAUUGUCCAUAGAAUCCAGGUUUCUUUUUGUCAGUGUUUCAGGUUUUAGUGUCCAUGCUGCCAGACAGAUUUGUGGAGAGCUGUCACAAGACACAUGUUUCUGUGUCCCCAUGCUGGUUGUCUUCUCUAUACGCUGUCAGAUCAGACUGUCCACAUCCGUAUUGAUUAUGGCCAGGUGUGCAGGGUGGUAGCCCAUACCACCAUGUCUGCAGCAGUCCGUUCCAGCUGUGAACACCCACACUGUCUAAGGGCUCUGCCUUCUCACAGUGAAUGCCAGAAGCUCAGAUAGUGACUGUGUUGCCACCCCAGCUCCUGCUUUGGUGCUUGGUGCCUUUGGCCCCUCAUACGUCGUAUCAUCAUUUACAGCAUUUCCCGAUGCCAGGAAAUGAAUUGUGAUUUUUUUUUUUUUUAAUUCACUGGCACCAAAAAUUAUUUCUUCUGAGCUGGAUUCACUAUGGGUGUAGGGGCUUCUCCCAAACACAGAUAUGUGGUGCAGGUCCCUUGAAACAGAACCUGUAAGACUGGUCAUCUUGUUCUGCACGUGUGCUAAAGAGCCAGCUACAGAUGGGGCUUCAGACGUCACUCUCACUGUGUCAGCAGCAGCAGCCCCGCCUCAGCCAUCUGUUCUGUUCGUGUUGAGACCCCACUGGCUCCAGGAAGUUCUGCCUGAUGGAGGAGACCCAGGACAGAAGUUGGGGACAGACGGGUGGCAGGCCCCAGGAAGAAUCUAACCUGUCAACCUGUCAAAACUAGUGUGGGUUUGUUUCUUUGUUUUACUCUUUAGUUCACAUUCUUUCCCCAAGUGUACUUAAUCACCUUAGUGCCGGUUUAAUCCAGUUCACAGAAUUCCUGUCAGGUAUAUGGUGUAGAAGUCUAUACCAUCCUAUUUCACCCAGACCUGGCUGGUGUAUUUAGGAAGAGAAAAAGCCUUGGGAUCUUACUAAUGUCCUGGUCAAAUUGAGGGCGGGUACUGGGUGUAUGAAAAUAGUCUUCCAGGGCCAUGUGGCUCAGUGAUAGAUAGCAUGUGCUUAGCACGCAUCUAGCUAUGGGUUCGGAGAUUGGCACCCCACAAAUGCUGCUGUCACUCUGAUGUGUGUAAACAGCCGGCUGUUGUUCACCAUAUCUGUAAAUUAGUUAAUUAGAAAGCGGGAUAACAUCAGAACUCAGUGCUUGGCAGAUUAAAUAUGUGGUUUAUAGUGAGUGGUUCCUCCCCCAACCCCCACCCCCUUUAAAGUUGCCUACAAAGAAGGGUGUUUGAAUCUAGUAUUCGCUGGGAAGAAUGCAUUCAAGAGGACAAACACACUGACAAAUGGAAUUAGUAAGAAAAGGUCACUAUUGGGCCAUAUAUUAUUGUUCGGUUGUUGCGUACGUAACAAGUCAUCACAAAUUUCUCAGCCUAAGAGUGCCCGUGUGUCAUUGACUAUCAGGCAUGGUAGGUUCAGAGGCUCAAGGCUAUGACUAAGGGCUGGAAGGGUGCAUUCCUCACAGCGACUCUGGGAAGGAGUGACUUUCUCAUAGACUGCAGCUGGGGCUCUAGACCCCUUGGAGGAUGCCCGCAUCCCCUGCUGUAGACCUUGCCAUGAUCUUCAACCAACAGAGACCCUUUGAAUCUUCGUCUUUCUUCAAAAUCUCUGCCUUCCUCCUGCUUUAAGGGUCAAUGUAACUAUACCAAACCCCAGAGAUAAAUCUCUACUUGCAGUCCCAUGGCCCCAGAGGAGUUAGAGACAUUGGCAGGUUCUGGGGAUUAGCAUAGGGAGAGGAAGGGCAUCCACCUACCACCUACUGCCACUGUGGACAGGGUUUAACCUGUACCAGACAGGCGCUCAUAUUCAGUAGUGUCAGCCUUGCUGUUUAUACCCAAGUGAACUACAGAAAUGGCUUUUCUUCCUAACCAGGAUCAUUCUGUAUUUUGAAGUUAUUUUUUUAAUAAAAUUGAAUUAUGUUGUGUAAUGUGCUUAAUAGAAAAUGCUUUAUUGGAUGAUUUUGUAACAUCCUGUUUACUGCAAGUGGCAUAGUUGAUAUUGUUCAAAAAUGUAGAAAAUACUUUUGUACAUACUAGCAGUGUCUAAUUUGUAUAUACUUCUAUUAAAUUUCUCUACAACUUGAAAAGGCUCUUGUAAAAAUGAAAAUACAUGCAAAAUUUGA